AUGAGUGAAACCCAGCUUCGUGACUCAGGGGGGCUGGACACCCACACCCAAGGGUCCUCUCCCUGUGCUGCAGAUAGGCUGCAGGCUGGCCCUGAAGUGUCCACUGCACACAAGGGGAGUCUGGGACCCCUCACACAGCCCUGUGCUCUGCGGGCUUCUCCACCAGGGGUCCAUGCUCUGGCCACAAGGGGAGUCCAGGAUUUCAACCUGGGAACAGCCUCACCACCUGUAGGUUUCAUGAAGGGCAUCCUAGGUGACCGAUGGGAGAAUCAGAAGAACUCUUCUGUGGCCCUGGCUAAGCUCUUGCAGGUGAAGGGAACUUUGGAGAAGGAGGUUGGACUCAUCCAGGCGCGUCUGAGAGAAAAGGAAGAGGAGAUCCAAGGUAGAACUGAAGACGUCUCCAAAUUCCAGAUCGAGGUUCAGAGGACUCGGCAGGCCUUAAAACAGUUGGAAACCAGAGAGGUAGUUGAUUUGUCUAAACACAAGGCAAUGAAAAGUGAUUUGGAGGCACAUAUUGCUAUCUUAAAUCAAAGACUGGCCAAUCUGAAUAGAAAGUAUGAGGAAGUCUGUGAGGAGGUUUUGCAUGCCAAAAAGAAAGAGCUGCCCACAAAAGAAGAGAAGGAAUUUCUACAUUGCAACCUGGAGCAGGAGAUCAAGGAUCAGAAGGAACCAUGCGAUCGGUCCCUAACAACAGUCACAGAGCUGCAGAGAAUUCAAGAAUCUGCUAAACAACUUGAAGCCAAAGAUGAUAAGGAAUGGCAAGCAAGGCUGCUGGUGAUUUCCUGAGAAGAGGAGGGCAAGCCCCCCGCACACACACACCUAUUUGCAGUUAAGCUAGGGACCUGCACUGUGGUGACUCAUCUCCCCACCUCAUCUCAGGCAGGAAGAGCAAGCAGGGCUGCUGCUGAUGCCCUGGGAAGAGGAGAACAAGCCCCCCACCCUGCCUACACCUAUUGGCAGUGAGUCUGGGAACCUGUACUGCGGUGGCUCAUCUCCCCACCUCAUCUCAGGGUAAGUUCUGUUUUCAGAAACUCCUUUCUUGAUACAGGAUGUUUCUUCAAAGGGUCUGGGUCUUGUCACCAGCCCCAGCACAUUCCAGGCUCAGGACUAUGUUAGGCCAAU